AUGUUCCGUAGCGCCAGUACCGCCGCCACUGUGUUGAUUCUCGGCUUCCUGACGGUGGCCGUCAGUGCAAACUUUGCGGAAGAUCCUAAGUAUCAGCAAUGGAGGGGUCGUAUCGUCGGUGGGCAGUAUGCGAGGGACGGUGAUUUCCCUUACCAGGCGUCGCUCCGCACGGUCACCGACAUGCACAUCUGCGGUGGAGCCGUCCUCAACCGGCAGUGGAUCGUGACGGCAGCGUCGUGCGUGCUUGGCCGUACUCCGGGCGAUACCUUCGCAGUUGUCGGUGCCUACCGCUUGAGCCAGGGUGGAUUCAACCUCGGCCUACGACGCAUCAUCAUUCAUCCCAACUUUGCGUCGGAGACGCUUGCCAACGACGUGGCGGUCGUCCGUGUUGCUUCCCCGAUGGUUCUGAGUGACGCCGUGCAGGGCGUGCAGCUCGGAUCGUACAACGUUAAUGUGGCAUACGGAGCUCUCGUUUCGGGCUGGGGACGCACUGAGUUCUCAAACCCUCAGUUCCCGGAUAACCUGCAGUACAUCGCGGUCAACAUCAUCUCUCCGCUGGAGUGUCGGGCUCGCUUCACCGCACCGUACGACGCUCGUAUCUACGAUUCGACUCUGUGCAGCAGCAGCCCGGUCGGACAGGGCACCUGUCUCGGAGAUGCGGGAAGUCCGCUGGUGCACGGUGCCGAACUGCACGGAAUCGUUUCCUGGGGCAUCCCUUGCGGCGAAGGUUAUCCCGAUGUGUAUGCACGCGUUUCGUCCCACCGUGGCUGGAUUCUGGCCCACACUCUCAUCUAA